AUGAUAGAAGAUGUCACUCGCGAGGUACUAGAAGACAUGGUUUACCAGUUCUACCUUGUAAAUGAGAAUCCUGAGACCACCCAAGGAUUACCCACCUUUGAUAGAAGCGAAUUAGCAGAGGAAAGUACUAGUCCUCCUGGAUUUUGUUUUCCAAUAAAGCUGGACAAUGUACCUACAGGGGCUGGGCUUGGUGGUGGAAGCAGUAAUGCUGCAACUGCUCUAUGGACGGCAAAUCAAUGCGGUGGUUGUGUAGCCACUGAAAAGGAACUCCAAGAAUGGUCAAGCGAGAUUGGUUCAGAUGUUCCUUUCUUCUUCUCCUAUGAAGCAGCCUAUUGUACUGGUAGAGGUGAGUAUACAUAG